CCUCUCGCGAUAGUAGCAUGCUUAUGCAGCCGCCAUAUUCUGUGACAGUAUUUUGAUUCGUAUCUGCUGGAAGUGAGGAAAAAGAGAAAAGUGAAGGGCUGUCGAGGGGAGGGGGGGCUGAAGAAGAGGAGCUGUCAAAAAGGUAUUCCCGAGUCUCUGCUGAGGCUCGGUAUCCCUCCACACAAGGCCCGGGGCCUCGGUUCACUUGGCUCUCCGUCUCCCUGAUAGUAGCUGGACCCCUCUCGGCUUCUACUUUCCGAGCUCCGCGGCCCUCUGGAGGUCCGGCGGCGGUCUCGGGUGUUGUUAGGCGGCCCGGGGAGCGGCGGCGGCGGCGGAGACAGAAAGAUGAUGUUCAAGAUGAAGGCUGCUUACUGCCACAACUGACACCCGAAGUGAACUGAAGACAAAAAGAAAGCAGUCCUGACCUGGCAACAUACGAAUGGCCCAGGGAAGCUACCAGAUUGACAUUCAGGUUUUGCAAGACCUGCGCCAGAAGUUCCCUGAAGUCCCAGAGGGUGUUGUCUCCCAGUGUGUUCUACAGAACAAAAACAAUUUGGACGCCUGCUGUGAAUACUUGUCCAAGGUCAGUCCCGGCUACCUGUACAGUGAAGAAGGAAACCUCAGCUUUUCCGACGACCCCAGCUACACCCGGCUCCGUAAUCACAUGACCCAGCUUAACCUGGGCCUGCAGUCUCAGAAUGUGCAUGCGGCCCCGGUUCGGGACGGCCUGAGAAUGAACGGCAGUCGGACUCUUGCCCAUAGCCUGAGUGACGGGCCCCUCCAGACGAGCCAGGCCCCCAACAGUGACUUCUUUCAGCAGGAGCCCCAGUCCGCCCCUGUGCAGGUGCCCUCCAGCCUCAAUGUUUUUGGUGUGAUGGAGCCCACACGCAAACCGCAGCCUCCACAGCACCUCGGACUCUACCCUUUGGGAGUCAAAGGGCCGACUAUGGGUGUCCAGCAGACUCCUCGCUUCAAUCCAAUCACCGUCACGCUAGCCCCCAAUAUCCAGACAGGCCGCAACACCCCCACAUCUUUGCACAUACAUGGUGGGCCGCAGUCGGGCCUCAGCAGUCCACAGGGUAACUCUAUCUACAUCAGGCCCUACGUUAGCCAGUCCGGUACCAACCGGCAGAACCAGCAGCAGGGAGGCAGGGCCCAGUACAGCCCCACUUCUCAGCCCCAGCAACAGAUCUACCAGAUCUCACACCCCGGCUCCUGGUCCAGCCCUCAGCACGCCUCCUCUUCACAUACCUCACAGACCCAGGGCCACCAGACCUCUCAUGUCUACAUGCCAAUCAGCUCCCCCACAAACCCCCAGGCGCCGUCUUUUCUUCCAACUGGAAGCCAGGCCUCUUCCUCUGGUGUCUCCUCCUGCUCUUCUUCAUCUUCCUCCUCCUCCGUCAUGCCCACCUCCCUCUCCACCAUCAGCCAGUACAACAUUCAGAACAUCUCCACAGGCCCGCGGAAGAAUCAGAUAGAGAUCAAACUUGAAUCUCCUCAGAGGAGCAACUCAACAACCACGACGGCUGUGCUGCGGACCAGCGGUGGGCCCCGGUCCUCCUCAACUUCCUCAUCCUGCCCUUCCUCUUGCUCAUCUUCAACUGGUGUGGCUACUGUCCCCACCGCUCCUCUUUCCAUUGGAUGCCCGGGUCUGAGCCGCAGCCAGCCCACUGUUUACAUUUCUGCCAGCCCGCCUACUGCUGCUACCACCCCCUCUGAGGAGGCCGUCAUGGCCUCAGCCGGCUCCCGCUCCCAGCCAAAGUUUUACAUUUCAGCCAACGCCUCCAGUGAUGACAGUGGGGGCAGGAACCCCCCCACAGUCUACAUCUCAGCCAACACUCCCUUGCAGGGGCCUUCGGGGGCCAGGAACCUGGGGGGCCAAGUGAGCAUGGGCCCUGCCUACAUCCACCACCAUCCUCCUAAGUCCCGCGCGUCUGUGGGAGGAGGAGGCACAGCAUCAUCGCCUCGCGUGGUUGUGACUCAGCCCAAUACCAAAUACACUUUUAAAAUCACAGUGUCCCCCAAUAAGCCCCCAGCUGUGUCCCCCGGGGUGGUGUCCCCUACAUUUGAGCCCAACAACCUCCUCAGUCUACCCUCAGACCACCACUAUGUGGAGCCAGACCCCCUUCACCUCUCAGACCCGCUGUCUCCGCACAGGGAGAAGCCGAGUGAGCCUCGCAGACUCAGCAUGGGCUCUGAUGAUGCAGCGUACACACAAGCGUUGUUGGUCCACCAGAAGGCCCGCAUGGACAGGCUGUGGCACGAGCUGGAGCUGAAGAAGAAGAAGCUGGAGAAGCUAAAAGAGGAGGUCAACGAGAUGGAGAACGACCUGACUAGGAGACGGCUGGAGAGAUCCAACUCGGCCUCCCAAAUUCCUUCUAUCGAGGAAAUGAAGCAGUUGCGAUGCCAAAACCGGUUACUGCAGAUCGACAUCGACUGUCUCACCAAAGAAAUUGAUCUCAUUCAAACAAGAGGACCACACUUUAAUCCCAGUGCAAUCCAUAAUUUUUAUGACAACAUUGGAUUCCUUGGUCCUGUCCAACCCAAACCCAAAGGUACUUUAUCCGUUGACAGGAGAGGAAGCAGAUAUAAUGUGACCUCUGAGCUCAUGAUGGAGCCUCCUUCUGCUCCUUCCCCUACUCCCCCUCUUGACGUGGGCCAGGAGGAGGACGAGGGGACGCAGUGGAGCUGCACGGCCUGCACCUUCCUCAACCAUCCCGCCCUCAACCGCUGUGAACAGUGCGAGUUCCCGCGGCACUUCUGAGCCCGCGAGGCGCCUGGCAAAACGACCCCCUCCCCCCCCCCCCCGUCUUUGACCGCCCAUCUCCAAGCAGACUCAGCAGAACGGAGAGUCCUCUCUGUUCCUUUGUUUCCCGUCUUGUUGUAUGAAAACUCAAGUUGGGCGUGGUCUUCUCGGUUUUUGUUUUUCUUCUUCUCGUCCUCUCUAAGGUUUGUAGAACGCCGUCCACUGAAGGCUCAACUGGAUGGUGUUUACAGCUCGUGUUUUUUUUAAAUCAGGCUGGCAGAGUCGGAUGAUACCUCACCUUAGAGACUUGGAUUGUGUGGGGUCACCUCUCCUCUUUUCUGCUUGACGGGUGACUGUUUUUUUUAACCCCUGGUGAUACCUCGCUGCUCCCACUUCCAGUAUUAUGAGUGUGGCCUUGCAGUUUGACGGCACACACACACACACACACACACACACACACACACACACACACACACACACACAGGUGCCUUUUGCUGAUUUAAAUGUCGUUUUUUUUUCUUCCUGUGUGGUGGCAUGACUUUGGAAUUGGGAACUGUGUUCAGCCACUGCUCGCCAUCUGAAGGGAAAACUAACAGACUAAUCGUGGACUCUUCAAGUUUGUUUGCUGUUUUAACAGGAUGCCAAAGGGGGAACUGGCAGUGUCGCUGCCUCUCAAACAUGCCUCAUGUCCUCCCCCUCCCUUUUCCUGUCUCUCCGAUCACGAGUAAACGAAAAAAAAUAAACUUAAGUUGCAUGCUUUGUGUACAGUGCACGGAGGCAGAAACUCCCCUGGAGCUUUUUACUGUACAUACUUUUAGACCGUGCCCUGAAAGCCUUUUUUUCCUCACACUAUGAAUCACUUGUAUUUCUGUAAGUAUAGCUUUAUAGACUUUAUUAACUUUUUUUUGUCUUGUUUUGUUUUCCUCUUUCGAAACAAAUAAGCACCAUGCUCCCUUUAAAAAAAAAAGAAAAAAAAAAAAAAGCUUUUUACUUGAUUUCUGUGAGAGUUGAAGCCUUGCAGAAGGAGAGGAGCGGAGAACCUUGCAGUCAUCAUGAAGCUACAUCUGCACGGUCUGGUCAGUGUGUACGAUCUGCAGAAGAGGCGGCAAGGCAACGCAAGAGUCUUGUUUUGUUCUGGGUGCCAAACAUGUCAGGACCGUCAUGCAAAGAAAAAAAGUAAAUUACAAACUGCCAUCGUAUCUGACAACUGGAAUGUAGGUUUCAAAUGUUUGGGGACAACUUCACCUCUGUGCAAAGAGACUCUGCUUCAUCAGGACAAUCAGGAUGCUGCUGCAGAUUGUCGCUGAGCACCUGAACCGCCUUCUGUGAGGUACCAAAGAGGAAAAUAAUCAUAUGGGUCCCGUGCCUUUGAGUAGAGCAGGUCCGAACUGUUACGUCAGUGAAACAAACACAACAUGACUGUCCACCUUGUAUACUCUUCUAUUUGUAUUUGGCUGGUUUCAUCCUCCUAAGCUUUCACUGAUGAGGGUGUUUCUAAAGUUUACCUAUUGUCAUGUACUUUCCUUAACUGUGGAGUAGUUACUUUCUUUUCUUUUCUUUGUUUUUUUUUUCCACAUUUGUGAAAUGCUGCCUUGCGUCAAUGCCUUAAGAACGAUUGAAUUUGUAUUGAUUAUCACCUCUGUCACACCCAAGUGCCUUUUUUUAUUUUAACCCCCCCCCCCCGAAACCUAACUCUUGUUUCCAACCCGUUUCAAAGUAUAAGAUGAAUUAUCAUCUCUUAAGCACUUACGCCAAACUUUCUCUCUUCCUCUCUUCAAACCAAAGAUCCCCGUUUUCAGCGUCAUCAGCACGUCGGUGUGAAGAGGCAGUUUAUUCAUGUUUUAUUCAAAGGAAAAAAAUAAUUUGGAUCUAAAGUGUUUUUUUGAUUUUAGCUGGGAAAACUGUCUUUGUAACAGAUAAGUUAUUUGUAAAAAUAAUAAAAAAAAAUCUAUUCUGA